UGAUAAUCAUCCCCAUUUGGGAUUACAUUGCUUGUUGGAUUGGUAGAAUCCAACCAUUAAAAAAAAAAUGAUGAUGAAGAAUCUGUAGAAGCCCUUUUGGAGAAGCUUGUUCUACAUCGUCCCCUGUUCUGAUUCCUUUUUUCUUCUGACCUCUGCAAACAUUUCUCUGAUUCAAAGGUCUCAUCAGGAUGGAAUUACCAAGCCUGGAUCUGAAGAACCCAACCGCAAAUGAUGGUGUAGAAACCAUGUUGGUUAAGAUGACCAUGGAUCCCGGGAAAAUACAAGACCAAGUACUCAAGGAGAUUCUAUCCAAGAAUUCCAAAACAGAGUAUUUGUCCAGAUAUCUUUCAGAUGAUGAUGAUCAAGUUGAUGAUGAUGAUGUGAAGCAAGUUUUCAAGAAGAAGGUUCCUUUGAUUGAGUACACAGAUCUUUUGCCUUACAUUGAAAGAGUUGCCAAUGGAGAGCCACAUCAAAUUGUUUCUGCUGAUCCCAUCCUUGAGUUGAUUUUCAGGCCGUUAAGAGGAACCAUAACCAGCCUCAUAAAACAUAACCUGGCGAAAGCACCAUAUUUGAAUCCUCCCAUCGCGACAAGCCCUCCAGAAGUGCUAAUGUGCGAAGAUGUGAAACAAACUACUUACUGUCAGUUGCUUUGUGGUCUGCUGAUGAGAGAGUCUGUAAUGAUUGUCGGGACGAUUUUUGGGGGUGGUUUUGUUCGGAUGAUCAAAUUCCUGGAGCAACACUGGGAAGAACUUUGUGAUAAUAUAAGACAAGGGCGAAUCAGCGAUUGGAUUGAUGAUCCGAAAUGCAGGGGAGCUGUGUCUGAUAUCUUGUCAAGCCCGAUGCCUGAGUUAGCCGAUGCGAUUUCAAAGGAAUGCGAGAGUGAAUCGUGGGAAGGAAUCGUUAAGAAACUUUGGCCUGGAGCCAAGUGCAUUGAGGCUGUGGUGACUGGAUCCAUGGCUCAAUACAUCCCACAGGUGGAGUUUUACAGUGGGGGCCUGCCAAUAGUUUCGACGGUUUACGCCUCAUCUGAAGGUGUUUUUGGAAUCAAUCUUCAACCUCUGUGUGAUCCUUAUGAUGUCAGUUAUUGCCUUGUACCAUGGAUGGCUUACUACGAGUUCUUGCCUGUUGAUCCAAUCUCUGAGGAUGAUGCUGAUGUUGUUGAUCUUGUCAACGUGAAAAUUGGUCGACAUUAUGAACUGGUUGUGACAACCUUUUCAGCAUUUCACAACAAUGCACCAGAGUUCCGAUUCGUGCGAAGGAAAAAUGUGAUUCUGAGCAUCAACCCGGAAAAAACUACGGAAGAAGACCUAAUCAAAGCGACUUCAAAAGCCAUACACAACAUCCUUGAACCACAUGGUUUUCUCCUCGCUGACUACACCAGCUACGCCGAUUCGCACUCCUUCCCUGGUCAUUAUGCACUGUUUUGGGAGCUUCUUCAAAAUCAUGGGGAACCUGGAGUACAGGAUAAUAAUGGAUUUGUUGAAAUGAUGAAGGGAUGCUGUAAUGUGGUGGAUGAAUCAUUGGAUGAAACAUAUAGGUGCUAUAGAACUGCCAAUGUCAUUGGUCCCUUGGAAAUUAAGGUUGUGAAACAAGGGACUUUUGAUGCACUCAUGGACUUCACGCUUUCCCGCCAAAAAUAUACUUCUCCGAGCCAAUACAAAACGCCUAAGUCUGUUACAUCUGAGGAUGCCAUUGGGCUGUUGAAUUCCAUGGCGAUAGCCACAUUUUUCAGCGAUCGAAUGGCGUGA